GCAGACGGUCCUGAGGACGCAGUAGCUUCGUUCGCGCGCGGUGAAAGAAGAAGCUGACCUCCCCAACAUGUCUGACGAGGAAGAGAUGGCGGCUCCGGCGGCGAAGACUCGUCGUGUUUACUACGGCAGCCUGGAGGAGAAGGAGCGGGAACGCCUCAACGCUACCAAGGCAACCACGGCAGGAAAUGAUGCGGUGAAGGCCGGCAUCGAGGCGGGAAACAUCAACAUCUCCUCAGGUGAGACCCUGGAGAUGGAGGAGCGUGUGAGCGAGCGGCAGCAGGACGCACUCGCUGAGUUCGAGCGGCGGCGGCGAGCGCGGCAGAUCACCGUCUCCACGGACGACGCUGAGGUGAAGGCCGGCCUCCGAGCGCUCGGAGAGCCAAUCACGUUGUUCGGGGAGGGGCCAGCUGACCGCCGGGAGAGACUGCGCAUCGUGCUCUCUGUAGUCGGUCCAGACGCUCUGAAGAAGUCCAGGAAAGAAGAAGAGAAAGCCAAGAGGUCCCAGGAGGAGUGUCAGCAGACGUGGUACCACGAAGGCUCCGCCUCCCUGAAAGAUGCUCGGCUCUGGUUGGCCAAAUACUCUCUGCCCAGGGCGAUGAGGCGUCUGGAGGCUGCACGCGCUCAGAAGGACGUUACCGAGGCAACGAGGACGAUCCGCCAACAGGAAGUGCACAAGAGCCUCAGAAAUCUGAAUAACUUCUGCAGUCAGAUUGGAGACGAUCGACCAAUCAGCUUCUGCCACUUCAGCCCCGACUCUAAGAUGCUCGUCACGGCUUCCUGGAGCGGUUUGUGUAAGCUGUGGUCCGUCCCCGACUGCAACCUGAUUCGUUCCCUGAGAGGACACAACACCAACGUGGGCGCCGUCGUCUUCCGUCCUCAGGCAGGAGUCUCUCUCGACCAAUCAGACGUCAACCUGGCCUCGUGUGCCGCAGACGGGUCCGUGAAGCUGUGGACACUGGACAGCGAUGAGCCGGUGGCAGACAUCGAGGGUCACAGUGAGCGAGUGUCUCGAGUAUCGUGGCAUCCGUCUGGAAGAUUCCUGGGAACCACAUGUUAUGAUAAUUCGUGGCGUUUGUGGGAUCUGGAGGUUCAGGAGGAGAUUCUUCAUCAGGAAGGUCACAGUAAAGGAGUUCAUGAUCUGGACUUCCAUCCAGACGGGUCCAUGGCUGCUACCGGAGGGCUGGAUGCGUUUGGGCGAGUCUGGGACCUUCGGACGGGACGCUGCGUCAUGUUUCUGGAAGGACACCUGAAGGAGAUCUACAGCCUUCACUUCUCUCCCAACGGGUAUCACCUGGCCACAGGAAGUGGAGACAACACGUGUAAGGUGUGGGAGCUGAGGAACAGGAAGUGUCUGUACACAGUCCCCGCCCACCAGAACCUGCUGUCAGCUGUCCGCUUCCAACCCACAGACGGGCACUUCCUGUUGACGGGAGCGUACGAUAACACAGCGAAAGUUUGGAGCCAUCCGGGCUGGACGCCGCUGAAAACGCUCGCUGGGCACGAGGGGAAGGUGAUGGGCGUCGACGUGUCACCUGACGGGAAACUGAUCGCUACGUGUUCAUACGACCGCACCUUCAAACUGUGGCUGUCAGAGUGACAUCACCGUGAUGUCACCGUGAUGUCACCUGCAGAUGUGUUUUUUAUUAAAUAAAAUUUGAUUUG